AUGGUGUUUCUUGAUGGCUAUUACGAACCCACGCUACUGUUUUUGUAUGAGCCACAUCAGACAACAGCUGGAAGAGCUUCUGUUCGAUAUGACACGAUGCACUUGUUAGGCGUUUCUGUAAACGUAUUCGACGAACAAGUUGCUAUCGUUUGGCAAGUUGGAAGUCUACCCAUGGAUUGCAAUAGGUUGGUGGCUAUUCCGAAACCACUCGGUGGCAUUUUGGUGAUUGGAUCGAACGAAGUCAUAUAUUUGAAUCAGUCUGUGCCUCCAUGUGGAAUAAGUCUCAACAGCUGUUACGACAACUUCACAAAGUUUCCUUUAAAAGAUCUGAAGCAUAUGUCAAUGACCUUAGACGCAGGUGCAGCAGAGUGGAUUGGCAGCAAUCAUAUCGCGUUAGGAACGAUGGAUGGCAAAUUACUUGUUCUUACUUUGAUCACAGAUUCUUCGGAAACAGUCCGCUCCCUCGAUUUGGAGCAUGUGUUUGAUACAUCCAUAGCCUACUGUAUGAACUUAUGUGCUCCCGGACGCCUCUUUAUUGGUUCUCGACUUGGUGAUUCUCAGCUGUUGGAAUUUUCCGUGUAUAAGGAGGAAAUAAAAGAAGAAGCUUCCCCGGAGCCCAAAAAAUCUCGGAUCGAUGAUAGAGUAAACGCGGAUGAAGACGAUUUGGAGCUCUACGGCGAGCAAAUCAUUGAACAAGUGAUUGCUCCAAAUAGUGGAAAUCGAGACGCAGAAAAUGUAUAA